AUGCAGGGAAACGAUUUAUCGGACGCUCCUCCAGAUAACAAAGAAGUGGAGACAUCUCCACUCUCGUGCGUGCCCUGUGGGACCGCGCCCGUGUUUGCGCCCGAAGAAGCAACCGGUGCCUUGAGCGACCUAUCCGUGGCGAGUAAUUCCCAACAAGAAUCAGCCAAGCGGAAAUUAUCCAUCACGGGUCCCUUCCACAGUCCGCAUCCUGGCGACCCAGAAGAUAAAACAGAGCCAACUCAGACAUCUGACCCGAGCGAAGAUCGAUGUUCUAGUGCAGACAAUGCCCCGGGACAUAGUAGAGAUUCAAGCAUUGCUGAAGACCAUCCAACCCCAUCCGGGCCCUUCGUUUCCCCGAAUAUUCGCUCUGCGUCAAAAUUUGCUCAUGUUCGAACGAGUUUGAGAUCCGAGAUCCCGGUGCGCCACCCAUCCAUAGCUGUGGUUGUACCACCACCGUCCUGGAACCCCUUGCUUCCAGAACAAGCACCAGAGCCGCUGCGGCAGUAUGCAAAAGGCGACUCCGCUCAGGUCGAGGCACCGGCCAUCACCAAGAUGAUGUCACCACUUUACAGCCGUCUCAAAGAAGAAAGAAACGAAGAACUUCAAUCAGACCAUUUCGCGAUCCUUCGAACCCAUCCACAUCCGCUUCAUCUCAAUGGCGUACGCGGAAGUGCUCUCCUCACUAUCGAAUCAAAUUCUGGCCCGAACCCGGCGUAUUUCUUUACUUUCGUCCCCGAACCUAGCCCGAUGAUCUCUCUGGCCCACACGGCGGCUACCCCAGGGAAACAAGUACCGUACACAUCAGACGAGAAUGCGCUACUCGUGCGGCUGAAGGAAAGAGAGGCAAUGCCAUGGUCCCAGAUUGCGAGUCACUUCCCAGGCCGAAAUAUAUCAUCUCUUCAAGUCCACUAUUCAACCAAUUACGUUACAAGCCCAGUCUUCGGUCUGGUAGGCCGAAGAGAUGCAAAUAAAUAG